GGGCUCCUAAAAGUGAACCUACAGACCCGUUUCAACACUUUCCAAAGCAGACAACCCUCGGGACGGACUGCAGGGCGCAUUUACACAGGCUGUUGGAUACCUACUUCCUUUUGAACGCUCAUUAUUUUACUGAGAGUGGAGAAACAGCGUCGUUAUUCAUAAUGGGAGCGACACCAUCAGUGCAGCGGGACGCGAAGAGCCCUGAAGAUGCGCCAGAGGACAUCAGCGCUGAGCUCAGCGACGCUCAGGAUGGAGAAAACACAGAUGGCAAGCCUCUUCAGAAGAAUGGACAAAUCUCUAUUUCCAGUCUUAAUGGGAAGACAGAUGAUCAGACAGAAUAUAACGGUCACACGGAGGAGAACCCACCGGCUGAGGUUGGCCAAACGGACACCAUCUCCCAAAAAGAAGACAGCCCUGAAACAAUUGAGGUGCAUCAGGAAGAGGUUGCCCCUCAAGUUAAUGGAGAGAAAGGAGACGAUUCUGCAAAUGCAGAUGAAAUUACAACUGCAGAAGAGAAGGUAGUAGAGGAAAAACAAGAGGAGACAAAUGAGGUGGGCUUCAAGAAAAUCUUCCGUUUUGUUGGAUUCAAGUUCACUCUAAAGAAAGACAAGAAUGAGAAGACUGAGCCUGUGCAACUGCUGACAGUGAAGGAAGCAGAGAGUGGUGCAGAUGCAGCUGCUGAGGAAAAGAAAGAGGAACCUGCAACAGAGGAAGACAAAUCUGUGGAAGAUAAAUCACCAGAAACCACAGAAAAAGAGCAGGAGACCACAACUGAAGAAGUGACUGAAAAGGCAGAAGAACCAACAGACCAAACUGUAGUUGAUGCCCCAUCAGAGACUGAAAAGACAAGUGAUGAGGCAACCGAUAAAUCUGCUGAAGAAAUGGGGACAAUAUCAGAGAAAGAACCAGAGCAGGAAGUGCCAACUGAAUUGCCCACAAGUCCACCCUCUCAAGAGACACAGAGUCCCUUUAAGAAAUUUUUUACUCAGGGAAUCUUUUCUAACCUGCGGAAGAAGACAAGCUUCAAAAAGCCCAAAGAUGAGGAACAAGUCAAAGAAAAGUCUGCAGAGGAGGACAUUAAAGAAACUGAGGAGACAGCAGAGGGUGAGACAGUUGAGGGUACAGAUGAAGCUAAAGUGGAUGCAGAGAAAGAACCAGCUGAGAGUGAGCAAGUAAAGAAACUCCCUGAAACAGUUGAAACUAAAGCAGAAACGGCAGCUGAAACAACUUCCACUGAGACAGAAAAGCCACAAGAUCUUAAAGUAGAGGCUGAGGCUACAAGUGAAGCUGAAACGUUGACUCAGACUGAAACUGCUGAAGCUCCAGCUGCUGAAACUGCUGAUGAAUCCCAACGCAUUGAUGAUGCAAAACCAACAAGUGACAAGCCAGAGGUUUCAGAUGAGGUGACCACUGAAGCUGAAACCCUGUCAUCUCAGGAGAAAGCCAAGGCUCAGGGAAGCCCACUUAAGAAGCUGUUUACAGGAGCAGGUCUAAAAAAGCUGUCAUCCAAAAAGCAGAAGAGUAAGAAAGAAGCUGAAUCAAAGCAAACAGAAUCAAGUGAACAAGCUGCUGAAAACAUCCAGUCUUCCACUGAGUCUGCUGAGCCCCAGAAACCUGACAGCGGAGCAUCUUCUCCAGAAGAAUCUGGUGAGCAUCUUGUAGGAGAGGUAACUCAAGCUGAUGUGGAUCAAGCCGUAGAGCCUGAUGGUGAACCAGUCACUUCUGACAGUGAGAAAAAGAAAGAUGGAAUUUUACCUUGGUCCUCUUUCAAAAAACUAGUCACUCCAAAAAAACGAGUCAAAAGGCCAUCUGAGAGCGAAGAUGAAGCCCCUGGAGACAAACCCAAAUCUUCUACCCUAUCUUCAACUGAAAGUGCCGUCUUCGAUGAGAAAACUGAUGAGCCUAAACCUUCUGAAGAGGUACCAUCUGAGUCUAAAGAAGAGUCACAGGCAGAAUCUAAGGCUGAGCCACAAGUUGAGAAGCCUGAACCAGCUGCAGAGGAGCCAAAAAGAAAAAUGGAUACAUCUGUGUCCUGGGAAGCUCUUAUUUGUGUGGGGUCAGCUAAAAAAAGGGCCAGAAAAACUUCUGAUUCUGAUGAUGAAGAACCUAAAAUUGAGGAAGAAGUGCAGCAGUCUGGAGAAGAGCAGACAAAGACUGCCGAGUCCCCUCUUGUAAGCUCUGGUGAAGCUGACCAUGAGAAUUUGGCUUCUUCCCCUGAACCAGAAGAAGAACUUGUGUCUACCUGGGAGUCCUUUAAGAGGCUGGUAACCCAUAGGAAGAAACCUAAAGCAGAAGACAAGUCUGAUGAAGCCUCAGGCCCAGAGCAGACAACCUCUGACAGUGAAAUUCCCAAAGAAGAGUCCUCUUUCUCUUUGAGGAAAUUGAUUCCACGCAGAAAGAAGAAGACUAAUGGUAAACAAGAGCAGGUUUCUUCUGAUGUUGGCUCUGCAGAGGAUGACUCAGACACUCCAGCUGUGGUGCCUCUUUCAGAAUAUGACAAUGAACCAUCUACAGAAGUUGUGGUUAAGGCAGAGGAGGUGAAGCAGGAAUCUGCACCAGGAACUCAGACAAAAGCCUCAGCUGAGGAUAGAUCACCAUCUUGGAUCUCAACCACUGUGGAAAAUGUUGAGGAUGAGACAGAGGGAAAGCAAUUGAGUGACAUACCCGAAGAAGGAGACACAGCUGCCACACCCAAAUCAACCGAUAACACCAUUGCAGAGGACAUUGUCGAGCUUACAUCAGAAGCAGUUACUGCCCUUGAACAAGUAGAGGAGACUGAAAUGGUUUCUGCUGUUUCACGCGUUACAGCAUCACCAGUUACAUCAGGUGAGACAACUCCUGUCCCAGGUGAUGGUGUAGAGAAGAAGACUGAUGUAGUACUUCAAGAAGCUGUGGAAACUGUCAGUGUUACCACAAGUGCCAUAGCUGUCACCAUGACUGAGGAACAGGAAAACGUAGUUGCCGUCAUCACCGAUGCUCUUCUGGUUGAGUCAGCCAUCAAGGAAGAGAAAACAGUCUUGGUUGCACAUGAGAAAACAGAGGCAACCGCUGUUUGCACCGGCCUUGACACUAGUGAAAUAAAGGCAGUAGAAGAAGAAAGCCUCAAUCAGAAGCCUGCAGUAGAGUCAGUCACAGUUGUUACUCAGGCACUAGUUACAGAGUUGGCUGUUGGAGAAAAAACACAGGAGCCUGAAAAGGCCAGUGUGGCUGAGGAUAAGGUUCAUGAGGCUCAGAUGAGUGGAAGUCCAACUGAGCUCAAAGAUGAGCCCUUAGAAAAUGCAGUUGAGGCGAAAGCACAGUUUGAAGAGAUGAAGGAGAUAUCUGAAGCGGAGACUGUGACUGAUCUCGAAGAAGUAACAGCAGUCAAAGUAGCGCUUAUCAAUGUACAGCAGGAACCAGAAUUUCUUGAAGAGCCAGUGGUGACAGAAAAAUCCCCUCAGGUUGAGGCUGCUGGUCCUGUUGUAGCAACUGUUGAAGAGUCAAUCUCUGCCCAAACUGUAGAAGUCACAGAAGUUGCUGUUGCUGAGGGUGAGAAAGUGCAAGAACUGGAGGGUGUUAAAGAGGCAGUUGCAACUGCUGAGGUAGCAUCUAUGGAUGGAGUUGCCAUGGCUGUAAUAGAGGAGGCCAUGGCAACCCUUCCAGAGGUGCCUGCUUCUCAAACUGCUGGGUCUACGGAAGAUCACAUUCCUGUUGUGGCCACCACUGAAGAAUUUGCAGUCAUCAAAGAGACUGUCUGUGUUAUAAGCUCAACAUCUGAGACAACAGAAUCCCAUUCAGCAGAUCUAGCUCAUGAAACUGUUAUGGAAAAGGUUCCUCUUGUUCUUCCAACUGGUGACCACAGUAUCCAGGUUAUAGUGAAUGAUGUUGAGGUUGUCUCUGCUCAAGGAGUUAUUGAGGGAAACUUUGAAGUAGCCUCUACAAAAGUUAGUGUUGUGGUUGAGGAAGUUAUUGAGAAUGCAAAAGAGGAAACUGAAGUGAUCCAGGCAACCCAAGUGACAGAGGCAGAAAUCACUGAGAAACAGAGCAGUGUUAUUGUGCAAGAGGUCAUUCAAAAUGUUGUAGAGAACCUUGCUGAGGCACAUGCAGAACAAAAAGUGUCUGAGAAGGCUACUGAGGAGGUAGAGAGCUGUACCACAUCAGUGGAAGUCAAACUUGAAGAGUUCCCAGCGGUUUCUGAAAUUGUUGAGGAAAAACCUUCAACAGAAGUCAUUUCAGAGGAAAAAGAUCCACUAGAAACAAGUCCAGAGAAACCAAAGGCAUCUAACGAUAUCUGUAAAGACGACAAUGAACAAACUUGCAUUGUCUCUGAGAAACCAACAAAAACAGUCAAUGAAGCCAUACUGUUUGCUGAAACAGUCCCAGUCUCUAUCACAGAUGAAAUCCAUGCUCAAAAUGAGGAGGUUGCUACUGUCUCUGUGGCAGAUGUGCAUCAAGAAACAGAGGUAACAAAAAGUGAAGUCGAACUAAAGCAAGCAGAAGAGACCAAAGAAAGUGAAGAAGGAACAAGUCAAGUUGAGUCAGAUUCCACGGAAAUCCAGCAAGAGACACAAGAUUCAGAAGUUUCAGAAGCCAUACCAGAAGAAAAGAUGACAGAAACAUCUGCAGGUCAAGACCAGGUUAUGGUUGAGCAGUGUCAAAUGGCACAGGAGGAACAGAUUGAGACUGCAAAGGAAUUUAACGUGGGUUUCAUAAACGUCAUAAAUGCAGAUGAUGUACCUGUUCAAGACACUGAGACAAACAUGAAAGAAGACGGUUCAGAGGGUCAGGAAUCGGUAGUAGACAGGCCUCAGAAAGACUUGGAAGAGCCUCAAACGAAAGUCUCAACACAGGACACGACAAACCAGGGAGAGUCCAGAGAUCCAGAUUGUCAAAAGAUGGAUUCUAAAAAUGCAUCUGCCAAACUGGAGACUCCUACUGAGAAGACAGCAAAUGCCAUUGCAGUAGAGGAGGUAGUGGAGGAGGUCGGGAAUGAGAAUGAGCCUGUCUCCACAGAGGUUGUCACAGUGUCAUGAGCAGUCUGCAUGUAAAAAGCGAUCACAUGACUGGGCUUUCCGGAAAGCAGGAAGUGAGUGGCAGCCAUGGAGGACACUAAGAGACGGUGCUCUGUCCCAACUCCCAGAGCAGGAGACUAAAGUUCAAUCUCUCUUCUCUUUCAUUUAAUCCAUCCAUUCAUCCCUCUUUCUUAAUUUCUCUUCACUCAGCUGCCAUAUCACUGAGGUCUUGUGCCUCACUGGACUUAUCAAGGGAUGUCCCCUAUUCCCACUUUAUUGUUUUUGCCAAAUUGCUUCAGAUGCCAUGUUUCUCACGUGUAACUUGCGAUGGACAUUUUCAUUAUUUUUUUUAUUAGUUGUUAAGCAGUCUGUCGAAUGGAGAGAGAAUAUGUAUGUGUGGAUCUUGUAUGAACUAAUGUGUGUUUGUGAUGUUGCAGUAGGAGGGUUGUUAUUUUGUAUAUUCUAUUUAUAUCUAAAAUAUUCUCUCAACCCUCUCAAAACAUUCUAACCUUCUAAAAAACCCAUUGAAAUGAUGUCAUGCUGGUGUAAAAUUACAAAAUAUUAUUUAGACAAGCAAGUUUAACAAAUAUGGUACAGAUACACCUUCUACAGCUAUAUUAAAUGAAAAAGUGCAUAAUAUGCUGUGGCUGUAAUGUGAAAAUGAGGUAAAAUUCAGUGAACACUGAAACACAAUAUCCAGCCAUUAUCAUCUCCAUUCUCACUGUAGAUAUACCACUUCUCUGUCCCUUACUGUGAAAUGUUGUCUUUUUAUUAUGUAUAUUUAUCAUGCACAAUCACAAUGAACGAUUUUACCAUUGAUGUGUGACAUUUGAGAUUUUAAAAGUCUGUUAAAUUUUGCUUUUAGUGGUACCCUGUGAAAACAGAUGAUCACGAUGAUGAUAAACACCUGCAUGAGUAGGGAGCGUUUAAAAAAAGACACUUUAUUGUCCUCAACAUACAUGUGCACUUCACUGUUUGACGGCCUUAGCGAAACGCAUGUUUUAACACCUAAAAUGCACCUGAGGAAAGGAAAACUGUGAGAUAAUUGUGCGAGGAGAACUGUAUUUACACCAUCUUUUGGUAAACUCUUCAACACAGGUUGUCCAGUUACACAUGGUUUUAAUUCACAGAUAAGUGGGUAUUCAGUAAUAUAGAGUAGAAUAUUUUUCGCAUUUCUAAUCUCUGUACCAAGGACUGUUGUUUCUUUGAAAGACAUGUAGAUGCCUUAUUGUCAGUCUCUUUAAAAUUAGUAAAAUUAUAGCCAUACAUGCAGAUUGGAUGGCAAAGAAAAGCAUUUCAAAAUAUGUAAUGAGUGAGAGUUGCAUAUUUGGAUGAUGAUGGUGGCAAACUGUUUAUGUUUAGACUGUCGUUCAGCGACAAAUGACAGACUGGACAGGGGAUGCAUUAUCUUCAAUAGAAAAACAGCUCUGCUACUACUGUCACGCUUUGAAUGAACAACCCACUCACAUUCUUUUCUUAGCUUUUUAUAAUACAGUCUACUGUGAAGCUCUUUAACAUUUGUACAAAUUGUAUACCUAUGUACCUUAAGUCAUGUUGUAAUAUUAACAAAUAACCAAUGAAAGCAUUAAGGAAUGUUAUAUACCAGUAGCAUGAGCCUCACCUCUUUUUGUAUUCUUUAAGCUGUUAAUAGUAUGGAUACAGAAUCAUGUCUAUAUUUCAUUCAAAUAAAGCUAGUGUAAAUCAA